GCACGCGGAUUGUGGGCCCUGGGCGCGCGCCAGCGGACCGCUCCCCGAGCUCGCGAGGCCGGCGUGCACUGCCCAGAGUCCCAGAGCGCGCGCCCGACAGCCCCUGCCCAGCUGGCGCGCGGCAUCGCCACGCCAACAAUGGCCCCCGACCCGGUGGCAGCUGGGACUUCAGCUCAGGGAUCCAUCCCGCGCUACUUCACCUGGGAGGAGGUGGCGCAGCGCUCCGGGCGCGAGAAGGAGCGAUGGCUGGUGAUCGACCGGAAGGUGUACAAUAUCAGCGAGUUCACCCGCCGGCACCCGGGGGGCUCCCGGGUCAUUAGCCACUACGCUGGGCAGGAUGCCACGGAUCCCUUUGUGGCAUUCCACAUCAACAAGGGCCUUGUGAGCAAGUAUAUGAACUCUCUCCUGAUUGGAGAACUGGCUCCGGAGCAGCCCAGCUUUGAGCCCACCAAGAAUAAAGAGUUGACGAAUGAGUUCCGGGAGCUGCGGGCUACCGUGGAGCGGAUGGGACUCAUGAAGUCCAGCCACCUUUUCUUCCUGCUAUACCUGCUGCACAUCCUCUUGCUGGAUGUUGCUGCCUGGCUCAUCCUUUGGGUCUUUGGGACGUCUUUUGUGACCUUCCUCCUCUCUGCAGUGCUACUCUGUAUAGUUCAGGCUCAGGCUGGCUGGCUACAGCAUGACUUUGGUCAUCUGUCAGUCUUUGGCACCUCUACAUGGAAUCACCUGCUACAUCAUUUUGUGAUUGGCCACUUGAAGGGGGCCCCUGCCAGCUGGUGGAACCACAUGCACUUCCAGCACCAUGCCAAGCCCAAUUGCUUCCGCAAAGACCCGGACAUCAACAUGCAUCCCUUCUUCUUUGCCUUGGGGAAGGUCCUUUCUGUGGAGCUUGGGAAACAAAAGAAAAAGUAUAUGCCAUACAACCACCAGCACAAAUACUUCUUCCUGAUCGGGCCCCCAGCCUUGCUGCCACUGUACUUCCAGUGGUACAUUUUCUAUUUUGUUAUCCAGCGGAAGAAGUGGGUGGACCUGGCUUGGAUGGUCACCUUCUACACCCGCAUCUUCCUCUCGUACGUGCCGUUGCUGGGGCUGAAAGGCUUCCUGGGCCUUUUCUUCAUCGUCAGGUUCCUGGAGAGCAACUGGUUUGUGUGGGUCACACAGAUGAACCACAUCCCCAUGCACAUUGAUCACGACCGGAACAUGGACUGGGUGUCCACCCAGCUCCAGGCAACAUGCAAUGUCCACAAGUCUGCCUUCAACGACUGGUUCAGCGGGCACCUCAACUUCCAGAUCGAGCACCACCUUUUCCCCACGAUGCCCCGGCACAACUACCACAAAGUGGCACCCCUGGUGCAGUCGCUGUGUGCCAAGCACGGUAUAGAGUACCAGUCCAAGCCCCUGCUCUCAGCCUUUGCCGACAUUGUCUACUCACUGAAGGAGUCUGGGCAGCUCUGGCUGGAUGCCUACCUUCACCAGUAAGGACAGCGCCUCCCUGCUCCAUCUGCAAGAGGAGAGGGUGACUCUGGAGCCAAAGCAGAGGGGAGCUCAAGGGACGAUGCCACUACAUUCCAACGUUCAGAGCGGGGAGGGUUAGGGGACAUAAAAGUCAGGCUCCAACUUUCCCCUUUACCUUCCAGAUACACAUCUAAUCCCCUAAGAAGGGUGUGGGGACAAGCAAGUCCCCAGAAGGGGAGGAGCUGUUGGAGCCAGUAUGUGAAUCAGUUCUUGUUUCAUUUUUCUACUUUGGCAGAUGAACAUUGGAGAACACUGGGUGAGCCCACAUCAGGCAGCAGCACACUCCCUGGUCCACUUGUCAGUGAUGUCGCUUGCUAACCUCUGGGAGGGAGCAGCUGACCACUUUGAGAAAGAUCUAGAAGGGAAGCAUUCAUGCACAGAAUCCUGGGGCUUAGCACAAACUGCCUGCCGUGGAGUUCAGCUUCCACAUCUGCCCUUGCUGUUGGGAGAGACUGUUUUCCAGUUUCAAAAGCAGCCAAGGCCAAGAUUGUGGCUUUAGUGACAUUUGGCCUUGAAGGAUCUUGGGGCCACUGGUUUUGGUCCCAUGUUCUAUUCAAGGUCCAGAGGGAACAUUAAGUAGAGUUGCUGGCCAUCAAAAAUCACUUCUUUUUGACUCACUUCCAACCCUCCCACCCCAAGGAAAAAACAGAACUCCCAAGACUAGGGGCUUGCUUCUUGUCAGCCAGCAAGCAAAGGCCUGACUUCCUUCUCCCUAGAAAUAAAUGGGGCUCCCAGCGGCUUCCCUUUGUUUCGCUACUUGUAGUUCCAAGUUUAAUAGCAAUUGGUGAGCCCAAGUGAUUAUGAAGUUUCAGUCAUGAAGAGUCUAAGGGCUUUAAGUAGAAACAGAUUUUCUAUACCCUAAAUUAUGUAACAGCAUUUUCUAGGAGUAAUGGGUUACACUAAUCACUUCACAGUUCUAAAUCCAAAAUAGGAAAGUUGGAAAUACACAAUUUUGUGGUCAUCAUUGCUGUAGCUAGGCACUUCCUCCACCCUUAUUCAUCUGGAGACCAGAUAGGGAUUGAGGAAUACCUCUUAGGAAGCCCAUCAGUCUAACGCUGAUAUGCCAUUUUUUGAUCUUCUGGUUUGUGAGACAGUUUAACUCAUGUUUCCAGAGAACAAACAGGAACACGCUCAAGAAGUCUUGCCGAAGGCCUGUCGCCAGCACUCACACCCUCUUCCUCCCCAAGCCUGUGGCCAGUCAGGCCCUCGUUCUCUCUGAAGUUCCCCUCAGUGCUGAGGCUUGGUCUAGAUCCCACAGUCCAGCCAGGACAUAAUUUCUUUAGCUCUUCAACAGCAUCUACCUAAAGUGUAUGGAACAUUUGGACACUGGGAGAAGAGAAUCUCAAACAGGCAGCUGAGAUGAGGGUGGCGAGGUUGGCAGGGCUACUUAGGUUUGUCAGGUGCUGGGGACAGCGGGUCACAGGGGUUCAGGCCUUUUCCUUUGGGCCCUGAGAGCCUGGUUUAAAUCCUGGGCAGGAAAAUCAGAAGCAGAAUGGAAGAGUUGGCUUUCACUGGCUCCCUCACUCCAGAAUAGGUGCUGAUCCCUCCCCCUUGAGGUAUGGGUGUGAUAUCACCAGCCUAUCUAGCCAACUGGCUUUGGGCCCAGUCUGAGCAAAUACCAGUGAACUUUAUUAUGCCAAGACCAGGUCCUCAAAGCACCUGUACCACCAUGGCCUUUUCUCAGCCCAUACCAUUGUGGCCUCACGGGGACACAGGGUGAUAAAAGAUACAAUGUUAUAGUAUUAAAGCAAGUGACCUCAAACCCCACUGACAGACGAGAAAACAGGCUUACAGAGGAAAGGUUGCCUCUGGUCACAGAUCAUGGCAGAAUAUGUGAACUCACUUUUUCAAACUCCAACUCAUGUUUAUCUUUUUGUUAUUUUUAUCGUUCUACUACCAGGCUGGAGGCAUUUUCUUUAAUUGGGCUCAGUGUCGGUAUCUUUUUGUAUACCAACGUUAGCACAGUAACUGAUGAAGUAAAACUGAAAAAUAAAGUUGAUUUUGACCAAA